AAGUUUAGUAGCUAACAAGAUGUCGAACCGAAAGUAUCUGGGCAUCGCAAUUGCUUUACACUUGCUCGGCUGCUCAAUGGCCGGCAACAUCUUGGCAUUGAUGGGCAUGACAUCGCACAGUCAUCACAUCUGGAAUAGUGUUCUGCUCUACGAGCUAGCUGAAAGGGGUCACAAUCUGACCAUACUCUCGGUGAAUUUGCCACGAGCCAAUGAUAAAGUGCCCGCCAAUGUUACCUACAUCUAUCUGGAACGUGCCUAUGAUUUCUAUACGGAUGAUAACGAUAAGAUUGACAUCAAUUCGUUUAUUGGCAUCGGCAGUUACGAAACUAUUCCCAUACUCUACAAGUUUGGCAUUAAAACCGCCGAGUUCAUCACACUUUCGAAGGGUCUGCAGCAGCUUUUAGAUUAUCCCGAUGACUUCAAGUUCGAUGUAAUCAUUAAUGACUACACGAUGGGACCCUAUUUGCUGGGCUUUGUGCACAAGUUCAACUAUCCACCUGUAAUUGGCAUUACUGCCUUCCACAACAAACCUUUGGUGCUGGACUUUAUGUCCAAUAGUUAUUUCCCUGCCCUGAUUCCAUAUUAUUCCACCCUAUAUACCCCGAAAAUGAACUUUUUCCAACGCUUCGAUAACACGCUAAUCUUCGCCCUGGAUACAAUCUAUCGUCGACUGUAUUACAAUCCCAAACUCGAUCAGAUAAUGCGUCCGUUUUUCGGUGCUGAUAUGCCACCGCUCUCAGAGCUAGCUAAGCUGACAAAGAUCUCGCUGAUCAACACACAUCCUGCAACAGAUUAUGUAGAAUCUUUGCCACCAAAUAUCAUUGAAAUCGGAGGCAUGCAGGGCAGACCGGGAAAACCUUUGCCCACCGACUUGGAUCAGUUUAUGCGAGGAGGAAAACGGGGUGCAAUACUUUUCUCACUGGGCACCAAUAUGUUGCCACACAACGUGGACAGAGAGACGAAGCUGAAGAUUGUGGAAGCUUUCCGACAGCUACCUGAAUACAAUUUCAUUUGGAAAUUUGGCAACGAUUAUCUAAAGGAUGUGAAAGUGCCACGCAAUGUUCUGGUCAGAGACUUUCUGCCACAACGCGAUAUACUGGCUCAUGAAUCUCUGACACUGUUUGUAUCCCACUGCGGAGGAUUGAGCACGCAGGAGGCCACCUGGCAUGGUGUGCCCUUAGUUGGCAUUCCCCUGUUUCUGGAUCAAUAUCGCAAUCUCUUACAAACAAUUGGAGCUGGCGCCGCAGUUCAAGUUGACUACCUGAAGAUGACCACCGACAGUUUGGUUUCGGCCAUACGCGAGGUGGCCGAGAACGAACGCUACUCAAAGGCCAUGAAACUGCGCUCGAAACGCUUUCGCGAUAAUCCUGUGCCGCCACUUGAGUUGGCUGUGUGGUGGGUUGAGUAUUUGAUGCGUCAUCCGGAUCCUGUGCAUCUGCACUCUGAAGCCAAGGAACUGAACUACUUCCAAACACAUUCACUGGAUGUGCUCGCUGUGCUGGCUUUGAUUCCACUUCUCAUUCUCUAUGGAUUGAGUCGCCUUUGUCGUGGUCAAGUUAAGGAACAGCAGGCGAGAAAGCACCGCAAACGCGAUUGAACAGCGGGAAAGUAAGUCAAGGAUUUAGCUUUUAAAUAUGAUUUUUAUUUCGAUAUACAUAGCUAAAUAUACAAUACAUUUUUGUUGUUAUUAUUA